AUGUCUGACUCUCUCUGGACCGCGCUUUCCAAUUUCUCGAUGCCCUCCUUCCCCGGCGGCAGUAUGUUCCGCCGCACCAAGAGCUGCCGCACCAGUAACCGGAAAAGCCUCAUCCUGACCAGCACUUCGCCCACGCUGCCGAGACCCCACUCCCCGCUGCCAGGUCACCUAGGCAGCAGUCCCCUGGACAGCCCCCGAAACUUCUCCCCCAACACCCCCGCCCACUUCUCGUUUGCCUCCUCCCGAAGGGCGGACGGACGCCGGUGGUCUCUGGCCUCACUCCCUUCAUCUGGCUAUGGCACCAACACGCCCAGUUCCACCGUCUCGUCCUCCUGCUCCUCCCAGGAGCGCCUGCACCAGCUGCCCUACCAGCCCACGGUGGACGAGCUCCACUUCCUCUCCAAACACUUCGGGAGCACUGAGAGCAUCACAGACGAGGAUGGUGGCCGUCGCUCCCCAGCCGUGCGUCCCCGCUCACGGAGCCUCAGCCCCGGGCGCUCCCCCUCCUCCUACGACAAUGAGAUCGUGAUGAUGAAUCAUGUCUACAAGGAGAGGUUCCCGAAGGCCACUGCGCAGAUGGAGGAGAAGCUGCGUGACUUCACCCGCGCCUACGAACCCGACAGCGUUCUGCCUCUGGCCGAUGGCGUGCUCAGCUUCAUCCACCACCAGAUCAUCGAGCUGGCCCGGGACUGCCUAACCAAGUCCCGUGACGGCCUCAUCACCACGGUCUACUUCUAUGAAUUGCAGGAGAACCUGGAGAAGCUCCUUCAAGACGCCUAUGAACGCUCUGAGAGCUUGGAGGUGGCCUUUGUUACUCAGCUGGUGAAGAAGUUGCUUAUUAUCAUCUCACGUCCCGCAAGGCUGCUGGAGUGCCUGGAAUUCAACCCCGAGGAGUUCUACCACCUGCUGGAGGCGGCCGAGGGACACGCCAAGGAGGGCCACCUUGUCAAGACAGACAUCCCCCGCUACAUCAUCCGCCAGCUGGGCCUCACCCGUGACCCCUUUCCAGACGUGGUGCACCUGGAGGAACAGGACAGUGGUGGCUCCAACACCCCUGAACAAGAUGAUCUCUCUGAGGGCCGCAGCAGCAAAGCCAAGAAACCUCCCGGGGAGAAUGACUUUGAUACCAUUAAGCUCAUAAGCAACGGUGCCUACGGGGCUGUUUACCUGGUGCGGCACCGUGACACACGACAGCGCUUUGCCAUGAAAAAGAUCAACAAGCAGAACUUGAUCCUCCGCAACCAGAUCCAGCAGGCCUUCGUGGAGCGCGACAUCCUCACCUUCGCCGAGAACCCGUUUGUGGUUGGCAUGUUCUGCUCCUUCGAGACUCGGCGCCACCUCUGCAUGGUCAUGGAAUAUGUGGAAGGUGUGGCUGCCUGUGGGGCCGCAGGGAAGAUGGGCCAUGCUCACUGUGGGAGGAGCCCUGAGCUCCGGCUUCCAGGUCAAGGACGCUUGGCCCGCUCCCUGUCCCGCAGCAAGAAGCGUAGCUCCCUCUUCCGCAAGAUCACGAAGCAGUCGAACUUGCUGCAUACUAGCCGCUCGCUGUCGUCGCUGAACCGCUCGCUGUCAUCCAGCGAUAGUCUCCCGGGCUCGCCUACGCACGGGCUGCCGGCACGCUCGCCCACGCACAGCUACCGCUCCACGCCUGACUCCGCCUACCUAGGCGCCUCAUCCCAGAGCAGUUCCCCAGCCUCGAGCACGCCCAACUCGCCUGCGUCGUCUGCGUCUCACCACAUUCGGCCCAGCACGCUGCACGGACUGUCGCCAAAGCUCCACCGCCAGUACCGCUCUGCGCGAUGCAAGUCGGCCGGCAACAUCCCUCUGUCGCCGCUGGCACACACGCCGUCCCCCACGCAGGCGUCACCGCCGCCACUGCCGGGCCACACAGUGGGCAGCUCGCACACUACGCAGAGCUUCCCGGCCAAACUGCACUCAUCGCCUCCAGUCGUGCGCCCGCGCCCCAAGAGUGCCGAGCCCCCUCGCUCGCCGCUCCUCAAGCGCGUGCAGUCGGCCGAGAAGCUGGGAGCCUCCUUGAGCGCGGACAAGAAGGGCGCACUGCGCAAACACAGCCUCGAGGUGGGCCACCCGGAUUUCCGCAAGGACUUCCAUGGCGAGCUGGCGCUGCAUAGCCUUGCUGAGUCCGACGGCGAGACGCCCCCAGUCGAGGGCCCUGGCGCGCCCCGGCAGGUCGCCGUCCGCCGCCUGGGCCGACAGGAGUCACCUUUGAGCCUGGGCGCGGACCCAUUGCUGCCCGAGGGUGCCUCCAGGCCACAAGCAUCGAGCAAGGAGAAGGAAUCCCCGGGGGGCGCCGAGGCGCCCCGGGCGACGACCCCUGGGGGCCGGACCCUGGAGCGGGACGUCAGCUGCACGCGGCAUCAGAGCGUGCAGACAGAGGAUGGCACUGGCGGGAUGGCCAGGGCUGUGGCCAAGGCGGCGCUGAGCCCGGUGCAGGAACACGAGACGGGCCGGCGCAGCAGCUCUGGCGAGGCGGGCACGCCCCUGGUACCCAUUGUCGUAGAGCCUGCGCGGCCCGGGGCUAAGGCUGUGGCGCCUCAGCCUCUGGGCGCGGACUCCAAGGGGUUGCAGGAACCCGCACCCCUGGCGCCUUCCGUGCCUGAGGCCCCCAGGGGCCGGGAGCGCUGGGUGUUGGAAGUGGUGGAGGAGCGCACCACGCUGAGCGGGCCUCGCUCCAAGCCUGCCUCCCCAAAGCUCUCCCCGGAGCCCCAGACACCCUCCCUAGCCCAGGCGAAGUGCAGUGCACCCAGCAGUGCAGUGACCCCAGCCCCACCGGCUUCCCUCUUGGGCUCGGGCACCAAGCCUGAAGUGGGGCUGACCUCCCGGUGCCCUGCUGAAGCUGUGCCCCCAGCAGGCCUGACCAAAAAAGGAGUGUCCAGUCCCGCCCCCCCGGGACCAUAGCUAAGGUGGGCGUUGGCCCCGCGCUGUACAGCUUCCUCUAUACAUAUGUACACAUAUAAAUAAAGUGCGUCCGUGCUGCGUGA